CUAUGUAACAUAACAUUCUCAAAACCCAGAGCGAAAUCUCAGUAAAUUUAUCACCAAAUUAGGGCAGUUUAGUCAACGAACAAACCUUACUUUAUAUGUCGUUUCAUGGAUCACAUUACAUCAUUGAUGGCAAACUAUUGAGUUCUUCCCAAACCUGAGGGCAUUUCUGAAACCACCUAGUUGAUAAAUGUGUCCGACGGAGAGACAAAUUUGUUGGCUUUGGUUUUUUUUUUUUUAUUUCUUCAUUUCAGUGUUUCUGUUUCACAAGAAAGUGCUUUGUGUUAGAUUCAGACCAGAAAGUUUAGCCACUUUAAUUUCAUUGCUCCUUCAAAACUUUAAUCACCACCAGUUUUAUUCGAUCUUUUUUGGUAGAGGCUGAAGACAAUCAACCAAUUUGCAACCGGGAUUUAUAGAGAGGGCAAAUUCUUCAGGGUACUAAAGGAAAAAUGAGUCUUAUGCAUACUCCAAAUUUCAGAUAUCCAGAGAGCGACUUGAGAAAAAACCAAGAAUUUAUGGAUCCUGGUCACCAUUAUCAAGAACAAAAUCACCACCAGCAUAACUCAGGUCUUAUGCGGUACCGUUCAGCUCCAAGUUCAUUUUUUGAGAGUCUUGCAAAUGUAAACAGUGGGGUGGUUAAUAAUUCUGAAGGUUAUCGAUAUCUUCAAUCUUCAAGUCCUGAAAUAGACACUUUUCUGGGAAAAUAUAUGCUGCCAUGUGACGGUUCUGGGGAUUCAGAAUUCGGAGAAAAAGCUAUGAAACAAGAAGAGUCUGAGAAUAUUACUCAACAGAAUGGUUAUUCAAAUGGGUCCUCGCAGAUGAUUUACCAAAGUUUACCCGCUCAUUUGACUAAUGAUAAUCCUGUGAGUGUUGGUAGUACUAUGGAUACUUCAUUUGGGGUUGCGAAUCACUCUAUGGCCUUGGAGAAUUCGACGCAGGCGAAAGUGGGUGCCGGAAAUGGCUCUAAUCUUGCUAGGCAAAAUAGCUCUCCACCUGGACUUUUCUCCAACCUAGGCAUUGACAAUGGCUUUAAUGUAGUGAGGGAUGUGGGGUGCUUUACAGGUACCAACGGAGAAACUAGCUCAUCAGGUAGUCAUUUAAAUAAUCAUAUAAACUGUCCAUCUAGAUCAUCUUCAAGACCUAUGCCUCAGAUUGGUGAAAUUGGGAGCCAGAACAUGGGGGCCAGUACCCUGGAGAAAAACUUGGGUCGUAAUAAUGGUAGCACUAGGCAAUACAUGUCAAAUUUCUUGAGUGAUUUUUGGGAUGAUUCUUCAUUCAGAGGCCUGAAGAGAGCUAGAGAUCAUGAUGGGAGCAUGUUUUUCGGUUUAAAUUCUUUGGAAACUCAGAAUGGAAAUCCUGGAAACCAGCCUGCUCGUUUGGCGCACCAUUUGAGCUUGCCUAAAACUUCUGCUGAACUGGCCACUGUAGAGAAGCUUUUGCUCUUUCAAGGUUCUGUUCCCUGCAAGAUUCGAGCCAAAAGAGGUUGUGCCACUCAUCCUCGAAGCAUUGCAGAGAGGGUAAGAAGAACCCGAAUCAGCGAAAGAAUGAAGAAGCUGCAAGAACUUUUUCCAAACAUGGACAAGCAAACGAACACAGCUGAUAUGUUAGAUCUGGCAGUUGAGUACAUUAAAGAUCUUCAGAAACAAGUCAAGACGCUCACGGAUACUCGAACCAAUUGCACAUGUUCAAGUAAACAGAAACCAUAUUGAAACAUACAGAAUACUUGUGUUCUGUCUGGUUUAUUUGUUUCUGUACAGAAAGCAAUAGGAAGUUGGUGGGAGGUGAAAAAAGAAAGCUAACCCUUCACUUUAAAAUAAUAGGGCAGUCAGAAAUGGUUAGUUUGGUGAAGAAAUGCUGCUGUAAUUUAUUAAUAUCCAGUUCUUAAUCAGUAGGCUAGAGUCUUCUUAUCUGUAAUUUUGUUGAGAAAAGAAAAAAGAAAAAAAUUGUUUUUCUUUGAUGUUCAUGUUCUUUAACCAUUUUUAGUGUGGAAAUGAAAAAUAAUUAAAUCA